AUGCGGACCCAUCGCCCAGGUGAUAUAGGCUUUAUCAUUCAUCGCCACGGAAUACUCUACCAUGAAGAAUUUGGCUGGGAUGAGCGCUUCGAGGCUCUCGUUGGGCGCAUUGCCGCAGAUUUCAUCGAACAGCUCGACCCCGCAGUGGAGCGGUGUUGGAUUGCCGAACGAGAGGGGCAGUUCCUUGGAUGCAUCAUGCUAGUGAAAGAUCGACUACAGGAGCAAACGGCUAAGCUUCGCCUUUUGUUAGUGGAGCCGAGUGCCCGGGGCCUCGGUGUUGGUCGGGCUUUAGUGCGACAUUGCACUGAAUUUGCGAAGGAAGUGGGCUAUGAGAAGAUCGUGUUGUGGACUCAGAGCACAUUGGUAACUGCUCGGCGGAUAUAUAAGAAUGAAGGGUAUCAGCUUACUCAAACGGAAGAGCAUGAUACAUUCGGGAUCAAAUUGACAGGUGAACUUUGGGAAUUGAAGCUAUAG